UCCUUCCUUCUCCUCCCCAAACCCAGAAAAUCCCCUUAUCCCCUCUCCCCCUGCUUCUCGACCGUCCAUGGCGAUGGCCUCCUCCGUCGCCGCGGCGUCCCUCCGAGCGCUCGCCGGCGCCUCCCCGGCCCCGCUCCCGAAGCCGUUCCUCGUGCUGCUCUCCCCGGCGCCCCCGCGCCGCCUCGGCCUCGGCCUCCGCGCCGCCCGCCCGCGCGGCCCGCUCGCCCCGCUCGCCUCCUCUGACUCCUUUUUCGAAACCUCCGCGGCCGUCGACGUCGCCGAGCCGGAGGACGAGGCCCUGGAGGCCGUCGCGGAGGAGGAGCCCGCCGUGGCCGAGGAGGAGGAGGAUGUGGCGGCCGAGGAGGAGGAGGUGGAGGAGGUCGGGGAGUACGUGGAGCCGCCGGAGGAGGCCAAGGUGUACGUCGGCAACCUGCCCUACGACGUCGACAGCGAGCGCCUCGCGCAGCUCUUCGAGCAGGCCGGCGUCGUCGAGGUCUCCGAGGUCAUCUACAACAGAGAAACCGACCAGAGCCGUGGAUUUGGGUUUGUCACCAUGAGUACAAUUGAGGAGGCUGAGAAGGCUGUGGAGAUGUUCCAUCGCUACGAUGUGAAUGGGAGGCUGUUGACUGUAAACAAGGCAGCUCCUAGAGGCGCCCGGGUGGAAAGGCCUCCCCGUGAUUCCGGCUCUUCAUUCAGGAUCUAUGUGGGCAACCUGCCAUGGCAAGUGGACGACUCUAGGUUGGUGGAGCUGUUCAGCGAGCAUGGCAAAGUGGUCGAUGCUAGGGUCGUCUACGACAGAGACACUGGGCGCUCACGGGGAUUUGGUUUCGUGACAAUGGCGUCGCAGGAGGAGCUGGAUGAUGCCAUCGCUGCCCUCGAUGGACAGAGCUUGGAGGGGCGUGCCCUAAGGGUGAACGUCGCAGAGGAGCGGCCACCUAGGAGGUUCUAAUGAAGGUGUAUUUGGCGGUGGACUACGACAAGAUUGCUGCGUAAGAGACACGAUAGCACGCCUGAUACCGGCUUAGACCCCCCAUCAUCCUCCCAUCCAUCCUUGUGUCAUGUCUUGUCUACUCUCUCCAGUGUUUUUCUCUUUUGCUAUCUGCCUCUUGCUUCCACGUUCUCAAUCUGUCGAUGCAAUUCAAAAGUUUUGUCUGACAUACUACGUAUAUUUAAGCCCCAUGGGUGUGGUGUUACCCCGAGAUUCAUGCUCACCUGAUAUUGGAAAAGGAUCCAAAACUCCCUUAUGCGAAA